CCCUCUGGCCCAGCCCACACAAAGUAGAAACCUGCUUUGCUUUGCUUUUGCUCGGACUUGAGAGAGUUUUUAGCUCUGUUCUGUGAUGUGUUUGGCCUGAAAUCUGUCAUCGCGUCCUUGCCUCCCCUGCAGACCUUCAGUCGAAAUAUUGUCCUGUGCCGAAAUCCGGACAAAAUGAAGUCGGGUUUCUACAAAGUGGACAUUAAUCGGACGGAAUGGGAAGCGCCCGAAAGGUACCAAAUGCUGUCGCCCGUCGGGUCCGGCGCAUACGGACAAGUUUGCUCCGCUGUCGACAGCCAGACGGGCAUCAAGGUGGCCAUUAAGAAGCUGGCACGACCUUUUCAGUCGGCCGUUCACGCCAAGCGAACCUACCGUGAGCUCAGAAUGCUCAAACACAUGAAUCACGAAAAUGUGAUAGGACUUUUAGAUGUUUUUACCCCUUCGAAAAGCCUUGAGGAAUUCGACCAGCUGUAUCUGGUGACCCACUUGAUGGGUGCUGAUUUGAACAACAUCGUUCGAACACAGAAGUUGUCAGACGACCACGUUCAAUUCUUGGUCUACCAAAUCUUGAGGGGACUCAAGUACAUACACUCUGCUGGAAUUAUUCACAGAGAUUUGAAACCGUCCAACAUUGCUGUGAAUGAAGAUUGUGAGCUGAAGAUUUUAGACUUUGGCUUGGCUCGUCCUACAGAAAAUGAAAUGACAGGAUACGUUGCCACCAGGUGGUAUCGUGCCCCUGAAAUCAUGCUCAACUGGAUGCACUAUAAUCAGACUGUGGAUAUUUGGUCCGUGGGUUGCAUUAUGGCAGAACUGCUGACGUCAAGGACUCUUUUCCCCGGAACGGAUCAUAUACACCAGUUGAAUUUGAUUAUGGAACUCCUUGGUACACCUCGAGAUGAGUUCAUGAAGAAAAUUUCUAGCGAAUCGGCCAGGAACUACAUCCAGUCGCUGCCUGCGCUGAGGAAGAAGGAUUUCAAGGACGUCUUCAAGGGCGCAAAUCCUCUUGCCAUUGACCUGAUAGAGAAGAUGCUGGAGUUGGACGCAGACAAGCGGAUCAAUGCGGAGCAGGCUUUGGCCCACCCUUACCUUACUCAAUAUGCAGACCCUAGUGAUGAGCCCGUGUCGCAGGUUUACGACCAGAGCUUUGAAGACAUGGAUUUGCCUGUUGAACGUUGGAAGGAGUUGGUCUACGAGGAGACAAUCAAUUUUGUGCCGCAACGGCCUCCCCAAACUGCUGCAUAAAGGGUGCAGACCAGAAAACAAAGGGCAUCUAUAGAGUGAGAAAAUUUUGUGGCCGAAUGUAGUUGUAAAUAUUUAUUAGAUUCCUGCAACGCAUCAUCACAUGACACAAUAAUGAUGUAUUGAGUUUACAUGGGGUGCCAAAGUUGUUGUGUCCGUGCCAUCAUGUAUACCAUUUAGUAGGGAGUACAAAGUACUUAAUUAAUUAACAGCCUUCUCCUCGAGAGCACUUUUGAAGAAAUUUUAUCAGUAUUCACUGAACUUUCCGCAAGACAGCUUAUUUUUAUUUUCUACCCACUGCAAGUGGACUACUUAUUGAUUAACCACUUAUUAAACCUCUGCAAUUAGGCGAUUCCAAUGCACAAUUAAUUAAUAUAUCGUCUUGUUUUAGCUAUUUUAUGUUAUGCAUUAAUGUUUUGUUAACUUUUUUUAUAAUCGGCGUUGUGGUACCAUGGUGAUGUUUAAUUUCUCCAAAUCGUAACAAUAUGUCCUAAUUUUCAACCAAGACUUUCACUUGGAGGAUUUUUGAGCUAACCGGUUAGGAGCCGCCUUAUUGAUUAAGGCGCUCUUAGUGAUUGAUAAAUAAAAAGAAAAUCAACGAAUUUGAAAAUUA